GAGAAACAGUGAUGCAAAGAAAGCAAACACACUUCCUGCCUCCGAGUUCCCACGGCUGCUUCUCAUCUGUGUCUCUUUCUGUCGUCGAGGGACAUCUGACUGAGGACGGAGCGGCUCUGUUUGUCCCUAAAUCCAGGCUCCGGCAGCCUCCCUCACCCUCAGUCAGCCUCGUGACCUCUGACCCCCGCUGACAUGGCUCCCACCCUGGCCACGGCGUUCGCCCGCCGCUGGUGGAUGGCGGUGACGGCGGUCAUCGAGAACCUGCUCUUCUCUGCGGUGCUGCUGGGCUGGGGGUCCCUGCUCAUCAUGCUGAAGUCUGAGGGCUUUUACUCCUACAUGUGCAAACGACCAGAAAACAGCUCCAGCCUCAACAUCUCCAGCUCUGCGCCGUCGGACUCUGAGGAGUACCUGGAGAUGAACGGCUGGCCCAUCUGCCAGGACCAGGACGAGAUGCUGAACCUGGCCUUCACCGUGGGCUCCUUCCUGCUGUCGGCCAUCACCCUGCCCAUGGGCAUCGUCAUGGACAAAUAUGGUCCCAGGAAGCUACGACUUCUGGGCAGUGCCUGCUUUGGCUUCUCCUGCCUCCUCAUCGCCUACGGUGCCAACGAUCCCAACAAUCUGUCCAUCCUGAUCUUCUUUGCUUUGGCGAUGAACGGGUUUGGAGGCAUGUGCAUGACCUUCACUUCUCUGACACUGCCCAACAUGUUUGGAGACCUGCGGUCGACCUUCAUCGCCCUGAUGAUCGGAUCCUACGCCUCCUCUGCCGUCACCUUCCCGGGCAUCAAGGUGAUCUAUGAUCUGGGUGCCACCUUCAUCAUCAUCCUGCUGGUUUGGGCCGCCUGCGCCUGCCUCGUCUUCUUCAACUGCUUCCUUAACUGGCCUCUGGAGCCCUUCCCCGGCCCGGAGGACAUGGACUACACGGUGAAGAUCAAGUUCAGCUGGCUGGGCUUCGACCACAAGAUCACAGGGAAGCAGUUUUAUCGGCAGGUGACCACGGUGGGGCGCCGCCUCAGUGUAGGCAACUCCAUGAAGCAGCAGCACCAUCAGCCCAAAGACCUGGAAACACAGGAGGCCAACAAGCUGUGCCUGUCCACCGUCGACCUGGAGGUGAAGUGCAAAGACAAGGAUCAGACUCAGUCCUUCAUGAAGAGCAUCUUCAGUCCCAUCUUCCUCCUCAGCCUCAUCACCAUGUGUGUGACUCAGCUGCGUCUCAUCUUCUACAUGGGCGCCAUGAACACCAUCCUGGACUCGCUGACGGAGGGAGACCUCAGCACAGUGAGCGUCUACACGUCCAUCUUUGGCGUGCUCCAGCUUCUGUGUCUGAUCACCUCCCCUGUGAUCGGCUACGUCAUGGACUGGAAGCUCAAAGACUGCGAGGACGACAAUGGCAAGAUUACCACGAGGGAGCCGGGUCAGCCCCGACGCCCCGACAAACAGAUCCAGAAGAUCAUCAACGCCACCAGAGCCUUCAUCUUCACCAACAUGCUCCUGGUUUGCUUCGGAGGCAGCUGCCUCAUCCCCAACCUGCAGCUUCAGAUUCUGUCGUUUAUCUUGCACACCAUCGUCAGAGGCUUCAUCCACUCUGCAGUCGGAGGCCUCUACGCUGCUGUGUACCCGUCCUCUCAGUUCGGCAGCCUGACAGGCAUGCAGUCUCUGAUCAGCGCUCUGUUCGCCCUGCUGCAGCAGCCGCUCUUCAUGGCCAUGGUGGGACCCCUGGAGGGAGACCCUCUCUGGGUGAACGUGGGCCUGUUGGUGCUGAGCAUGCUGGGAUUCUGCCUGCCCCUCUACCUGCUGUGUCACAGCCGCCACCUGCAGCGCAUCAGAGACGAGCGCGACGACGACCCCAAGAUCUACGCUAAGAUUAAUAACGACAGCAAGCCCGAGGCGUUCGUCUAGACUCGUGAGGGAAGAGAUGAUGAGUUACACUUCAUAAAAGAAAGAUGGGAUGGGGGGGGGGGAGGGGACGGCGGCGGCGGCCUCCUGCCCGUGUGACACCCGUGUGACGCCCGUGAUCCCUCACAUUCCCCAUAAACACUCUCACAUGACUACACACCACUGUGACACCCAGUCUCACCCUCUGCUACUACACACUGUGACAAACCUCUCUCACACACACCAACACACACCAACACACACACACACACACACACACACACACACACACACACACACACACACACACACACACACACACACACACACACACACACACACACACUCCCUCGACUGAAUCACACUGAGGAGAAAAAAGUGAGAAAGAAGCAAUGGACUUGUUAUAUCUCCACUCUUCAUCAUUUUUAUUUUCUUACUGUUACGUCUGCCAGACGGAUCUAAAGUAAAAAUAUAGAAGAAGAAGAAGAUGCCAGCCAAUAGAAACUGAUAUUUUGGAGGAGAGAGGUGUGUGUGUGUGUGUGUGUGUGUGUGUGUGUGUGUGUGUGUGUGUGUGUGUGUGUGCUUUUAAAGCCACCUCACACAGACUGACUGUGGUGUUGUGAACAUGUACAGCAGUGACGACUUUUGUCUUAGUUUUGAGGACUUAAAUGUCCUUUGGGAGACACACACACACACACACACACACACACACACACACACACUUCCUCUUGUGCUCCAGGGUUUUAACAGACUGUUAGAUUAGUAGCAGCUCAGAUUGAAACACGCAGUGCGAUGUCUUUUUAAUCAUGAUGCACAGAUAAGUUAGUCAAGAAAACACUGCAGUGUGUGUGUGUGUGUGUGUGUGUGUGUGUGUGUGUGUGUGUGUGUGUUACAUAAUGCAGUGAUGCAGAUAAACUACACUGCAUGAUGCAGGAGACAGUGCUGGCCCGAUAUCAGGGACGUGCACAAUGACAUUUAAAAUGUCCACUCUGGAGGAAAAAACAAAGAUUUCUUUUUGCUCCAUUUUACAACAAUUUCCAAAUUUCCAACAGAUUUAAAUAACAAUAUUUAACGACAUUAAGCUACAUGCUGCGUGUGUGCACGUCCCUGAACUAUGUUACGGUUUCACACUACUUGCCACGUCCGUCCGUUUUGUAUUUGUUUGGCUCAUGAAUUCCUUUUGUGUGUUUUGAAACAUGUCACGUUUUCUUUUCUCCAGAUGUAUUUUCUUGCAAUAUGAUCGCAGGUGUUGAAUAUUUUCUCCCUGAACAUGAUCUGAGGGGGAAAUGUGUUUAAAGUAGGUCGACAGAGAUGUUAGACGUGGUGUGUUUUUAAAGCGGCGUGGAGGCACAGACAAUCUUCCCGCGACACACGAGAAUAUGGCGUUUUGAUUCGUUGUAGCAAUAAGUGCUUCUGUGAGGUGCUGGGCAACACGAUGAUACACAGUCACACACACAGUUUAUUUUUAUCUGUAUUUCUAAAAGGUGCUAAUUGAAUAAAUUUUGCAUUUUGAUUUAA